CCCGGGUCAUCAUGGCGGCCUUCAGAACCCGUGUGUUGCUGUGGAGGAUGCUGUCGGGCUGUCGGCGCUCACAGCGGCUCUGUAUCCGAGCCGGAACGCAGCCCCAGCCCGGCGCUCUGCUGCAGACGCUGCCCGGGCCCUUCGAGGCGAGGCCGCCGUGCCGCCAGCUCAGCUCCGAGGCGGCAGAGUCUAGUAGUGCAGAGAUAAAGAAACUGACAUUUAUGGAUGAAGAAGUCCAAAGCAUCCUCGUCAAGAUGACAGGCCUGGACUUGCAGAAGACUUUUACACCAGCUGUACAGAAACUGAAGCCACCAACCUACAAGCUGAUGAACCAGGCACAGCUGGAAGAGGCUACCAGACAGGCAGUUGAGGCCGCUAAAGUACGAUUAAAAAUGCCACCGGUUCUGGAAGAGCGAACACCCAUAGAUGAUGUGCUAGCUGAAGAUAAGAUUUUGGAAGGAACAGAAACGAAUAAAUAUGUUUUUACUGACAUAUCAUAUCAUGUACCACACCGGGAACGUUUUAUUGUUGUCAGAGAACCAAAUGGCACACUUCGUAAAGCCUCUUGGGAAGAACGUGAUCGGGUGAUACAAAUAUAUUUUCCAAAGAAAGGUCGUAGAGUUUUGACACCAGUAAUUUUCAAGGAAGAAAACCUUAAGACCAUGUAUAGCAAGGAUCGACAUGUUGAUGUCCUCAAUCUUUGUGUUGCCCAGUUUGAGCCAGAUUCUGCUGAUUAUAUCAAGCUUCAUCACCAGACCUAUGAAGAUAUAGACAGACAUGGGAAGUACGACCUCUUACGCUCAACAAGACACUUUGGUGGAAUGGCUUGGUAUUUUGUAAAUAAUAAGAAGAUUGAUGGCUUGCUUGUUGACCAGAUUCAGAGAGAUUUGAUUGAAGAUGCUACCAGCUUGGUCCAGCUGUAUCACAUGCUCCAUCCCAACGGCCAGUCAGCUAGGGAGGCCAAAGAGCAGGCUGCUGAGGGAGCAAAUUUGAUUAAGGUCUUUGCAAAAACUGAAGCCCAGAGAGGAGCAUAUAUAGAACUAACACUGCAGACGUAUCAAGACUCAUUCGCUAGACAUUCUGCAGCUUCCUGAAAUCAUUAAAAACAUUUCAUUUUACUAAA